UUGCGCAAUACUGCGUACAUGUCGUUGAACUAAAAUAUUAAAUCAAUAUCCAUGGAUUAAAUUGGCUCAUUUGGAAUACAGAGAAAAUGGGAUCAGUUUUCAAGUCAAGGAGCUGAUACCAACAACGAUGGUCAAGAGAUGACAAGACAAGAAAUGAAGUUUCCUGUGGUAGCCUCUAUUGAUUUCGGAACUUGUUUUACUGGAUAUACGUUUAAAAUCAGGGACAAUGACGACGCAAAGCCGAGCUACGCAAACGAACUUGAAAAGAAACACGAGCUGACAUGUAUUUUGUUCGAUGCUGACAAUAACUGAUAGUUAUGGCAAGGACGCUUUGCAAAAAUACACCAGGCUGUCACCAGCUGAAAGAGAUAAAGUUUAUUUCUACAGAAACUUUAAAACUUCGCUGACCGUCGAAGGUAAACAUCUAAAAUUGGCAGACACAGCUUCGAGACAUGCCAUCGAUCCAUUGUGCGUGUUCAAGGGGGCUCUCGAUUAUUUGAAAAGGUGCGUAAUAAAACGAGUCAAUGAAGUCAUUUCAAACCCCGGUGCUGGUGCACCAAUUAUUGAGGGCGAUGUUAUGUGGGUGAUAACUUUCCCAACGGCAUGGAAUGAUUCUUAUAGAGCUUUUAUGAGGGAAUCGGCGAUGAAUGCAGGAAUGAACGUCAACAACAUACGGCUAGUUACCGAACCGGAAGCUGCCUCAAUGUACAUCCGCGAUAUGUGUAUUCAAACUAAGGGCAAUAAGAAUAUUACGCCCCUGGAACCUGGCGCAAAAUAUUUCCUUGUUGACAUCGGCGCAGGAACGGUUGACCUUUGUGUGCACGAGGUUCUCAAAAAGGGAAACUUGAUGGAGCUUUAUCCAGCGGCUGGGGCGCAUUUCGGAGGAUCCAAUGUUAAUUUCCAGUUCGAGGAGCUUCUUAAAGAACUGUUUGGAAACGAGUGCAUUCAAAUGAUGAAAAGGAAUAAAAUGUUUAAAUACUUCAAUUUACUGCAAGAAUUUGAAGAUAAAAAGCGACAGUUUGACCCGUCGGCGAAAGACGUUGUAUUGAGUGUAGAGUUUGUUGUUCAAGAGUUUGAAGAGCAUUCCACAGAAUCUAUGAACGAGCGAAUUUCCUCCGGAAAGUUUCACAAUAAGCUUAAAUACGAGAAAGAUACGGGGUUAGUUAUUUCCGGUGAAUUGAUGAAAGAUCUUUUUGGAAAACCGCUAGAAAAUAUUAUCUCGUUCAUUGAAGAAAAACAUGCCGAAUGUUCUGCCAACAACAUACGUGUGGAGAUGCUUCUCUUGACAGGUGGUUUUUCAGAUUCCGGCUACGCUAGAGGCAAGAUUAUUAAAGCGAUGGAAAAGCGAAAUGUUAAAGUCGUUCACUUUCAAGACGCUAAAUGCUCAGUUAUGUUUGGAGCGCUGAAGAUGGGGAUUUCACCUCAAUCCGUCAUAAAGAGGCGUUCGAGAUAUACAUACGGAUUCUACAAAAAGAUACCGUUCAAUGAGAAAAUCCAUCCGCAAGAAUUGAAAUGCGACCAUGAAGGAAUCCCACAAUGUGAUCGAGUAUUUCACAAACUGAUUGAAAAGGGACAAAUUAUUAGUUAUGGUCAGGUGUUUUCGAGAAAAUCGAAAGCGGACUACAACAAAGAGAAACACAAAACGAGAUUAACAUCUCUUUGGAAGUCUGAUAAAGCGGAUCCAAAGUACUGCACAAAGGAGGAACAAUGCAGCGUUGUUGCAACCAUUGAAAUACCACCUCCUAGGAGCGGGUGGCCCAGUGUUUUGCAUCAUGAACAACAACUGAUUGUAUUGGAAAAUGAAUUUCAGUUGAAAUUUGUCAACAAGAUUACCGGACAAGAGCAUGAAAUGCUUGUCAACUAUGUAUAUUAGUCAUAAGCAUUUUGUGUGUAAAAGUCGACGAGUAGGAAGUCUACAAGUAAUAAACAGUGUAUGUGAACAUGUCAACGACUAUAAAGCAUGAUGUGAGCUAUGUUUAAGAGUCAUAUUCAGUGUGUUUAAACAUGUCAACAAGAAUGAAGCAUGUUGAUGUGAACUCUGUCUACGAUUCAUAAGCAGUUUAUAUGUGUGAAAAUAUCUACGAGCAUAAGAAGCAUCGUGUGUGUGAACUAUUUCUAAGAGAUGCAUUUUGUGUGUGUAAUUUAUCAUCUAUUCAUAACCAUUACGAUGAGAAAAAGGUCCAAGAGUCAAAAGCAUUUUGGUGUGAACUGUAAGCACUUUGUUUUAAACUAUUGUUUUAGAUAUUAAGCACGUUGAUUUGAAAUUUAUGAGCGUAGCAUAAUAACGAGUGACUUUUCGUGCGUUAAUUACAUGUACUGUCAGCAGUGUGGAUUAUUUCAAUUUUUUUUCCCAUCUUAUUCUUACAAAUUGUCGAAUGUUUCUUGUAUUCUCUUGAAUAUAUCUUACAGUUUGAAUAAAGAUGUAAACUUCUUUA